UUAUUUAAAAAAAAAAAAAUAGAAAAGCCUCCUCACCACCCUUCCCUUCAUUACGCAUUAUAAAAGGACUUGAUUCAGACAACUUUUUCUUCACUCCUCGUCCUUUUCUUGACUUCUUCUGGAUCGCAACCCGAGGAAAAUGGGAUUCCUGCCAUUGUUUCAAGCCUUGUUUCUCUUCCUGUCUCUGUUUUCUCACCAAUCUGAAGCUGGAAAUCUUAUUUCCCUCAGCAAUGCAACCAAUUCAAGUACUCCAGCCAGAAAACUUGCAGGUUAUAACUGCAACUUGUUUCGUGGAAAAUGGGUAUACGAUUCUUCAUACCCUCUCUACUCCUUCGCUUCCUGUCCCUUCAUAGAUCCACAAUUCAACUGCAAGAAGUACGGCCGCCCUGACAACUCCUACCUCAAAUACAGAUGGCAGCCUCUCUCCUGCUCCUUACCCAGGUUUAAUGUUAAGUUUCUUGGAGAAGUGGAGGGGAAGAAGAUCAUGUUCGUGGGAGACUCCCUGAGUUUGAAUCAGUUUCAGUCUUUAACGUGCAUGAUUCACGCAUGGGUGCCUAGGUCUAAGACAACCUUCAUAAAGAGAGAGGGGCUGGCUUCAGUGACAUUCGAGGACUAUGGAGUUAGAAUACUGCUGUACCGCACGCCAUACCUGGUUGAUCUUGUUAAAGAGAAGGGCGUCGGGCGAGUUUUGAAACUUGAUUCCAUAAAGAGUGGCAACGCAUGGAGGGGCAUGGACAUGCUGAUCUUUAACACGUGGCAUUGGUGGACCCACACUGGGAGAACCCAACCGUGGGAUUAUAUGCAAGACGGAAAUAAAUUGUACAAAGAUAUGAACCGCAUGAUAGCGUAUUAUAAAGGCCUCACAACCUGGGCUCGAUGGGUCAACCUUAACGUUCAGGCUUCCAAAACCAAGGUCUUCUUCCUCGGGGUUUCUCCUACCCAUUACGAGGGCAAGGAUUGGAAUGAACCUUCAAAAUCGUGCUCCGGUGAGACGCAGCCAUUCUUUGGUCUAAGGUAUCCGGCAGGCACACCCAUGGCUUGGGUGGUUAUAAACAAAGUGUUGGGUAGAAUCAAGAAGCCAGUCUCCUUUUUAGAUGUCACAAUGCUCUCACAAUAUCGAAAAGAUGCGCAUCCUUCAGCUUAUAGUGGUGAUCAUCGUGGCAACGCCGACUGCAGCCAUUGGUGUCUCCCAGGGCUGCCUGAUACUUGGAAUGAACUCUUAUAUGCGAGACUCUUUAGUAAUUAGUCUAAUUAUAAAGACACAGCUAGCGAGACAACCCAAUUAUUCUAAAUUCUAGCUAGGAGCUCAAUUAAUUCCAUUUUUCUUGUGGAAGUGGGCAUGCAUGCAAUAAGACUAGGGGACGUUGAUGGAUCAGUACUUGUAAAGUAAUUUUUAGAUUAUUUUGGCAGAAAGUUGCCUUGAAUUGCAGGUGAUAUAUAUACCUUGGAAUUAAAAUCGAAAAGCUCUGUAUUUUAGCAUUGCUAGUUGCA